UUCACAGAGUUGUAGAAUAACCUGAACCUCCCGUUCCUCCCGUGUCCUCCAAGAUCCCAACUUCCUGUGCGAGCGCUGAAUCAGACAGACAGUUCCUCUUUGGAAUUGGCUCUGCAGCGCUAAGGAGGCUACACGACGACAGACGGUGAAACAGUCUAGAGUUUUGAACGGGGGAUACGUUGACAAUUGGAGAGUUUUGUCCGAAGAGCAACCAGCCAUGAGUUGGGGAACAGAUCUUUGGGACCAGUUUGAAAACCUCGACAAGCACACACAAUGGGGCAUCGACUUCCUGGAGAGAUAUGCAAAAUUUGUGAAAGAACGGCUGGAAAUCGAGCAGACUUAUGCAAAGCAAUUAAGGAACCUGGUGAAGAAAUACUGCCCCAAGCGCUCCAAAGAGGACGAGCCCAGGUUUACGUCCUGCAUUUCGUUCUACACCAUCCUGAACGAGCUGAAUGACUACGCAGGUCAGAGGGAGGUUGUGGCCGAGGAGAUGGGACACAACGUGUACGGUGAGCUGAUGAAAUACUCACAGGAUCUCAAGUCAGAAAGGAAACAUCAUCUUCAGGAAGGCAGAAAGGCACAACAGCAUUUGGACCAAUGUUGGAAACAGAUGGACAGUAGCAAAAAGAAGUUUGAGCGCGAGUGCAAAGAAGCGGAGAAAUGCCAGCUCCUCUUCGAGAGGCUGGACAACGACAUCAACGCCACCAAGUCAGAGGUGGAGAAGGCCAAGGCCCAGCUGUACCUUAGAACACACAUGGCGGACGAGAGCAAGAACGAGUACGCCGCUCAGCUGCAGAACUUCAACGGCGAGCAGUGGAAACACUUCAACGCAGCCAUCCCUCAGAUAUUCAAGAACCUGCAGGCCAUGGACGAGCGGCGGACGGUGAAGUUGGGUGAGACGUACCGGACCUUCGCCGAGGUGGAGCGGCGCGUCAUACCCAUUAUCUCCAAGUGCCUGGAGGGUAUGGUGUCGGCCGGCAAGGCUGUGGACGAGAGGAAGGAUUCGACUAUUGUCGUGGAAUCCUUUAAGUCUGGCUUCGAGCCUCCAGGCGACUUCCCCUUCGAGGACUUUAGCCAAAACAUCUACCGCACCGGGUCGGACAGCACCAUCGGCACGCCCAAAAACGAGGGGACCAAACCCGACCCCAAACACUCAAUGAGCAAAGCCAAGAACAAGCUCUGGCUCUUUGGUAAAAAGCCCAAGGCUCCAACGCUUGAGGACCUCAGUCACCUGCCCCCUGAGCAGAGGAGGAAGAAGCUGCAGCAGAGGGUCGAGGAGCUCAACAAAGAACUCCAAAAAGAAAUGGACCAAAGAGACGCUCUAAACAAGAUGAAGGAUGUGUAUGAGAAGAACCCGCAGAUGGGCGAUCCUAGCAGCCUGCAGCCCAAGAUCUCUGAGACCAUGUGCAACAUGGAGCGACUGCGCUCCGAGAUCCACAAAAAUGAGAGCUGGUUGUCGGAGGUGGAGGGGAAACAGAGCUCCCGCAGUGACCGUCGCUCCAGCGCAGAUGUGAACCAUCACGCACCUCACGGCAGAGAGAGCCCUGAGGGGAGUUACACAGACGACCCCAGUCAGGAGCACCGCAGCCCCCCCCAGCCAGACCCCCAUGAGUUUGACGACGAGUUUGAUGACGACGACCCUCUCCCCGCCAUUGGCCACUGCAAAGCACUCUAUGCAUUUGAUGGUCAGAACGAGGGGACGCUGGUGAUGCGGGAGGACGAGGUGCUGUACGUGAUCGAGGAGGAUAAGGGCGACGGCUGGACGCGCGCGCGGAAGCAGAGCGGCGAGGAGGGCUACGUGCCCAGCUCCUACGUGGACAUCACGAUGGAGAAAAGCAGCAAAGGUGCCGUCACCUACAUAUGACAUCACACAGUCUCCACGCAACCCCCACACCCCCCCGCACCCCCACCCACCACCAUCUCCCUUCUGGCCCCCGCCCGAGGCUCUCUCUGCGUCUCGCGACUCGGCCUCGCGCUUGUUCACUGUGUGAGCGGACGGACCAAAACGUUUUGUAGAGAUGGACCAGCAUGUGUCCAGUGCCGUAGAGACUGGGGCCCUUCUCGGUCCUCUAAGGGAGGACGUGUUCUAGGAAAACUGCACGACUCACAGGACCUCAGACGUGACAGUGUCUGAACACUUUUAUCUGUAACGUUUGACGUGAUUUUCAAAUUCGUACCAUUUUCAAAUCUUUCCAUAAAUGCACACAGUGGUUGAUUCUGGAUUUGGGUGUGGGUGUCCUCAUAUCUGAUCUAAAUCGUGUAGAGGACAACUCAUAGGAUAUUUGUUUUUUUUGUUCUUGUUGUUCUUGAUUUUAUAAAUAUAUUUGUCUCAUUGUUUCCA